GUUCGCCCAAGCGCUCCAACGGGAAGAAUUCUUGGACUAUAAAUUGGAAGGCAAAUAGCAACAAUUCAGGGGGGAAACACACGAGAGAAUAAAGCAGCGGCCAAGCAGCUGCUAUGGCGGACGGCCGGCAGACGCGAACCGGCGGCGGCAAAAGCUCCGGCGAGCGGUGGGCAGUCUCCUCCAGCUCCAAUUUCUUCAUCUUCUUAUCUUCUUCAACAAUUUGAUGGAUAUGGAAAGAAUGCUCUCGCCCCACAUGCAGCUGAGACGUACCCUGCAAGGAAUUGAGGUUGCUUUUCAUAUUGAAGAAGCAAGGAAGAGAUUCCGCACUUAGGGGGACACGGUUCUUACAACCCCCAAUGGUCGUAGAUUCAGCAAACCUUGACGAGUUAGGUUACUAGCAAGGUGUUGAUGGCUUCCCCUAUGAUCCUAAAUUGAGGAUAUUACUAUUUGUGCAUGCCCUGCCGAGAUUGGAGCUCACUGUAGAGUCCCCCUUUUCCUUGUAGUUUUUUCAGUGGUGGAGCACGUGCACGAUCGGCUGCCGAUAUCAUCUCCAUUUCAAGAAUUUUGUACACCUUGUUGGGAAAGAGGUUUGACAUCACUAUUGUUGAUCUUGUCUGGUUGUUUGGGCUGUACACAUUUGAUGAGACCCUUAGCGCUGAUUUUGCCUUUCUACCUGACAAAUUUGAUCUUGAGUUUGAUGUCACCUCAUUCUGGCGAACUCACUCCUGUGGCCAUGCAAUGUUCGAUCGUGGGUUAAGUCCCUUGAAAUUGUUUUGAGAAAUUCUUGGAGAAUCUUGAGCCACUCCUUGGCUACUAGCUGUUUUGGCGACAAUGCAAUUGUUGUAUGUGAGGCGGAUCUACCUUUUUUCUAGAGUUUGGAAACUCGCACAUCGGUGAAUUUGGCAACAUUUUUAGCAUGAUUCCAAUAUGACCAGUAUAUAAGUGACUGUCCAUUCAUGGUGUGUGGACCCCUCGUUACUCUGCUCGCCAGAGGAUUGCAGCCAGAUAUGGUCAUUCCAAAGCUCAUACUAGAGGCCCACAGUAUGUUCAGAGCAUUAGUUGAGUAUCUGAUCAGCAUGGGAUUACGAAGGCAGGAUAGUAUGUUUAGGGAGGCUUUCCGAGGCAGUUCAUCUAGAGUAGGCACUCCAACAGCUAUGGCACCACCACCUCCCUGUGUUCCCACAUCUUUCAAGGAGCUAGCAGAAUGAUGUUGCAGAACUCGAUAUUUCCAUUCAGUUUCGCUUUCAGAGCAUUGAGGCACAACCAAUGGCACAGAGGGAACUUUUAGCCACGAUCAUGGAGUAUGUUCAAUAUUGCGGAGGUGGCCAUGCAUCUACUCGUGGUCAAGAGGAGUAAACAAUGUCGGACGUUAGGGAUUGUGUGAUCCCUACUUUUUCUUUUUGCUGAUUAUUACAUCUUAAUAUUUGAACUUGACUUUGGUGAUUGAUUUGAUUUAAAAUGGAAAUCUUUGUUAUGCUUCUUGUGAACACAUGUGGGGAUGUUUUCAUAUUU